UUCUUUCCGUAUUCCAACAAGUACAAACCAUCUCUAGAUCUGUGAGUUCUGAAGGCUUUUCACUUUCGUGCUCAUCAUAGCGCUGCCACAGUUUUAAACCUAAACAAUCCUUACCUUAUAUAUGUAUAACAGACGUGCAUAUUCACUUAUAUAAACUUUAGUUUAUAUAGGUAUAUGCAGAUUAUGAAAGUAUAACUCAAGAAUGAUUUCGUUUUGGAAGAAAGCAGUGGAUGUUGAAGAGGCCAAGAAACAAGCUUUGCUCUCACUUCCUCUUAUCCUUACAAACGUAUCCUACUCCUCCAUCAGUUUGGUCUCCAUCAUGUUCGCCGGCCACCUCGGUCAGCUUCAGCUCGCCGGAGCCACUCUCGCUAAUUCGUGGGCUGUUGUAUCUGGUUUUGCUUUCCUGACUGGAUUAAGCGGAGCACUAGAGACUCUUUGUGGACAAGGGUACGGAGCAAAUUUGUAUACAAUGUUGGGAGUUUAUCUACAAACAUCUUGCAUCAUAUCGUUCGUCUUCUCAAUAUUUAUAUCGAUCAUAUGGUUCUUCACGAAACCAUUACUGUUGUUACUCCACCAAGAUGCUAAGAUUUCGAAAUCAGCUGCUCUCUACAUGAAGUACCUUAUCCCAGGCUUAUUUGCCUACGGUUUUCUACAAAAUAUUAUGAGAUUUCUUCAGACACAAUCAAUUGUCAUGCCGCUGAUUUUGUUUUCGAUGAUUCCAUUAGGAAUUCAUAUCGGAAUUGUAUACAGUUUGGUUCGUUCGACAAGCCUUGGUUUCGAGGGAGCUGCCUUGGCAGUCUCGAUUUCGUUGUGGAUAGCAAUAAUAAUGUUGGCUGCCUAUGUGAAGUUGGCCAAAAGAUUGGCGCAUACAUGGGAAGGAUUCUCUUGGGAAUCAUUAUGGCUUAUUGUUCCUUACUUCAAACUCGCUUUAUCUUCUGCAGUAAUGGUUUGUUUAGAGUAUUGGACAUUCGAGAUUUUGGUACUCUUAGCAGGACUCAUGCCCGACUCAGAAAUAACCACUUCAUUAACUGCAAUGUGCACAAGGGUGUCCAAUGAGCUGGGAGCAGGAAAUCCAGGCCAAGCAAAGAAUGCCAUGAUUGUGACUCUCAAGUUCUCAGUUAUGCUGUGCGUUUUGUUGACUGUUAUUCUGGGCUUUGGCCAUCGCAUUUGGGCUGCUUUCUUUACUGACAAUCCUUCAAUUAUUACUGGGUUUGCUUCACUUACACCUCUCCUUGCCAUCUCCAUAGCACUUGACACCAUCCAAGGUGUCUUAUCAGGAGUGACAAGAGGAUGUGGGUGGCAGCACUUGGCAGUGUGUAUAAACUUGGUGAUGUUCUUCUUUGUUGGACUUCCAAUUGCAGGGGUUCUUGGGUUUAAGUUCAAGUUAUAUGUUAAGGGUUUGUGGAUUGGAUUAAUAUGUGGUCUGGUAUUGCAAGCCACCAGCUUGUUGUUGAUUACUUUUUGCAGAAACUGGAGUAGGUUUGGUGAUCUCCCAGUAAAUUCAGAAAUUGAAGCAACUCCUGUUAAUGUUGCUUGUUAAUUUACUUUUUAGUCCCUUGUAAUAUACAUAUAUAUAUAUAUAUGUAUAUUUAUAUAUAGUGGGUAUAGAAAAAGAACA